GCCACAUUUCGACAGAGCUUCCCAGAAGAGAGAACACCUCUGAAGGCAGCUCUUACCACAGAAAACCCAGCUAAAGUUGUGAACACCUUCAUUUGCUGCCUGGGGUCUCAGUUUUCCAUCAGCCCAGGAUGGAGUGCUAUGGCAUAAUCACGGCUCACUGCAGCCUCGAACUUCCAGGCUCAGAUGAUCCUCCCACCUCAGCCCCUUGAGUUGCUAGGACCACAGGUCAUGUACACAGCAACCUGGGCCCCUCUACAGCUCCAGUCCUCCAACCAGAGCCAGCUCUCCCCUCAAAAUGCUACAGCCUGUGACAAUGCUCCAGAAGCCUGGGACCUGCUGCACAGAGUGCUGCCCACAUUUAUCAUCUCCAUCUGCUUCUUCGGCCUCCUGGGAAACCUUUUUGUCCUGUCGGUCUUCCUUCUGCCCCGGCGGCGACUGAACGUGGCAGAAAUCUACCUGGCCAACCUGGCGGCCUCUGAUCUGGUAUUUGUCUUGGGCUUACCCUUCUGGGCAGAGAAUAUCUGGAACCAGUUUAACUGGCCUUUCGGGGCCCUCCUCUGCCGUGUCAUCAACGGGGUCAUCAAGGCCAAUUUGUUCACCAGCAUCUUCCUGGUGGUGGCCAUCAGCCAGGACCGCUACCGUGUACUGGUGUAUCCUAUGGCCAGUCGGAGGCGGCAGCGGCGGAGGCAGGCCCAGGUUACCUGCCUGCUCAUCUGGGUUGUGGGGGGCAUCUUGAGUAUCCCCACAUUCCUGCUGCGAUCCCUCAAAGCCGUCCCAGAUCUGAACAUCACCGCCUGCAUCCUGCUCCUCCCUCAUGAGGCCUGGCACUUUGCAAGGAUUGUGGAGUUAAACAUUCUGGGUUUCCUCCUACCCCUGGCCGCGAUCAUCUUCUUCAACUACCACAUCCUGGCCUCCCUGCGAGGGCGGAAGGAGGCCAGCGGUACACGCUCCCUGAAUCCAGUGAUUUAUGUCUUUGUGGGCCGGCUCUUCAGGACCAAACCUGCCUUAAGCUGGUGGCUGAUCAAAAUCCUUUCUAGGGAUUGAGAAAACCAAUCCCACACUCAAGAAGAAUGUGCUGGGCAGUGAAAUCAGACCACGUUGCUCACAGGAUGUAGCUCUACAGUACACUGCAGCCACAGUCUGAGAAGUCAGACACCUGAUUUAUGGGAUGCACAUAAGUAAUGUUUACCAAAGGCCAGCAAACAGCCCCACAGUGGGAGAGAAACUGGCAAACCCAUGCAGUAGAAUUCUUUUGCCUUUCUAUGUGAAAGGUCAGUUACUCAUUUGCAGAGGGAGAAAUUUCUGCCUUGACUAAAACGAUCGAUGCUGUGAGGAAAGGUAUUUCUGAGUAUUUCUGAAUUCUCAUGGAUCUGCUUGACAGGUCUGCCCGGCGUGUUCCACACCUAGCGCCAGGCACAGGCCACACCUGCAGUGUUAAUACCUGGGGCGGAGGGAGGAAUUAGCAAAUACUCUUCCAGCAUCCCCAGCUCCAGCACCCAUGUGGGCUUCCACUUUCUCCCUGAGAGGGGCCAAGUAGAAAGAGA